AUGACAGGUGGCGGAUUUGCCCUAUAUCAAUCUGGAACGCUGUUCCAGCAGACCUCUUUUCCCCUGGGACCGAACAAAGAGGUCUUUGAUACCGAAGCUGAAGCAGCUCUAGCUGGAGUUAAAGCAGCCCUUAAACUAGGUACUGCUCGGUUUGCUACCAACCUCUGGGUCUGUCUAGAUAACCUGGAGGUAGCUACAUGUCAACCAGAGACGGCCAACACUACACGUCUCCUUUCACCUUUCACGGGCUCUUCCCAAGGAGUCUUCGAAUCCAUCCAAGCCCUAGCCCAGACCUGGCUGACACGAGAGAGAUUCUCAUAUACUAAUGGUGGCUUUGUACGGGUCUGCUGGGUUCCCGGUCACACACAGAUCCCUAAGAAUGAGACAGCUGAUCAAGCUGCAAAGAAGGGUGCUACCAUGGAUCCUCCUUCUUCAAGCAAACGCUCAUGCCCUGCAGAGCUAAAGCUCCCAAGGCCGCUUCUAGCACGAAUCCUAGCUGCUCGUACGGGCCACGGAGACUUUGCAGCCUAUCACGAACGGUUCAAUCAUGAAGACGCACAACUUCUCUGCCGCUGCGGUGCAAGGAAAACCUCAGUUCACUUCCUCUUCUACUAUAUCGCGAAGAGACGCCUGCCUCGACCCCCAGGUCCUCCCUCCGAGACAAUCCCCUUCUUAUUAGGCACCCCGAAGGGCGCGGCCAAGUUGGCUGCUUAG